GUGUCUCAGUGAAUCGCCAUCUUGAAGCCUUUAUUGCUGUCUUCAUGUUGCGUACUACGCCCCUUGUUGAUAAAAAACGACAGUAAUCAGCUGUACGAUUAAAACCUUUCUUUAGAAAAUUGGAAAGCCAGGACGCUUUAUUUUAAAGCUGUUGUAACCGGCUAAAACCAUGCAAAAGUAUGAGAAGUUGGAGAAGAUAGGAGAGGGUACAUAUGGGACCGUUUUCAAGGCUAAGAACAGAGAAACACAUGAGAUUGUGGCCCUCAAACGAGUGCGACUGGAUGAUGAUGAUGAGGGGGUUCCAAGUUCAGCAUUACGAGAAAUUUGCCUCCUGAAAGAACUGAAGCAUAAAAACAUUGUAAGGUUGCAUGACGUCCUUCACAGUGAUAAGAAGCUGACGUUAGUGUUUGAGUAUUGUGAUCAGGAUUUGAAGAAAUACUUCGACAGCUGUAAUGGUGACUUGGAUCCAGAGAUUGUCAAGUCCUUUAUGUACCAGUUAUUGAAGGGUCUUGCCUUCUGCCACAGCCGAAAUGUUCUCCACCGAGACCUUAAACCACAAAAUCUACUCAUCAACAGAAACGGUGAACUGAAGCUAGCUGACUUUGGCUUGGCCAGAGCUUUUGGGAUCCCUGUACGCUGUUAUUCUGCAGAGGUGGUGACGCUGUGGUACAGGCCUCCAGACGUGCUGUUUGGUGCUAAGCUAUACUCUACCUCUAUUGACAUGUGGUCUGCAGGGUGUAUAUUUGCAGAAUUGGCAAAUGCAGGACGGCCAUUAUUUCCUGGUAAUGAUGUGGACGACCAGCUGAAAAGGAUAUUUAGGUUGCUGGGAACACCGACAGAAGAACAAUGGCAGACUAUGAAUAAACUUCCAGAUUAUAAGCCGUACCCGAUGUACCCAGCUACUACGUCACUUGUGAAUGUCGUCCCAAAACUUAGCAGCACCGGCAGAGACCUGCUACAGAAUCUUCUGAAAUGCAAUCCAGUUCAGCGAAUAUCAGCAGAGGAAGCCCUACAGCACCCUUACUUUGCUGAUUUCUGCCCGCCCUAAAUAUCAGAUGCCCUUGACAUCGUUUAGGAACGCAGAUGGGCCAGUCGUACCUCGUGAAACCCCCUCAACCCCUCCAGCGUUCAGUUAUCUUUCAGUUCGAGUUCAGAUCACACCCUAAUUAUGAUAUGAUUAUGAACGUGACUCUGUGUCAUGCGGAGUGUGGUGCUGUUGUCCUGCAUAAACCAUGUAUUCGAUUAGAGUCUCCAAAAAUAUUUUUAUUAUAUUAAUGUGGUCUUAAAGGGAUAGUUCACCCAAAAAUAAAAAUUAUGUCAUGUACUCACCCUGAUGUUGUUCCAAACCUGUAUGAGCUGUUGAACAUAAAAGAAGAUAUUUUGACGAAUGUUGGUAUGCAAACAGUUGAUGGUAGCCAUUAACUUGCAUGGUAUUUAUUUGUUUUCUCCAUACUAAGUCAGUGGCUGCUAUUAAUUGUUUGGUUGCCAACAGUUUAAGCAGACAAAUGUAAUUUUUGAGUGAGCUAUUGUUUAAACUUUAAAAAUGCUGAUACAAUGUUGUUACCAAAAUAUCAGUAGACCUGGCCCUACAUGAUUCAUUUAGUUGCCAAAUGUGCUUCAUAGAUCUUUAAUGGUUUACAAAAUGCUGCCGUGAAGACUACUAAAAGCAGCAUUUUCUUUUUUAUUGGUCAAAGAUCAAAUGAACAGUAUAAUUUAAUAAGGUACAGCGCACAUACUUGAUUUUGCUUGUUGCAAUAUGUAGUAUUUAAAAAAAAGUUACUUUUCCACUUUAGUUUUGUGUUGUGCAUUCAGUAAGGGUAUGGAAAUAAGUGUAGAGUUGUGCGACUGUCAUUUUGCCGUUUUGUAUGAAUGCGUUUUUAGCAGUCAUUUUAAGCAGUUCUGUAACUGUUUUCUUUUUAAUUUUGUUCAUUUUUUUUUUUCCUCAAAUAAUUUCAGCAAAUCUUGAAGUAUUGCAAGUAAACUUUUUCAAUAGAAUACACUGCUUGGACAUAACUUGACUUUCUGUGUAGAAAAGGAAUUGCCUCAAAAUGAAAAGUUGCUGAUCACUUACUCAUCCUUCUGGCUAUCCAAAAUGUAGUUGAGUUUGUUUAAUUAUAAGAACAGAUUUGGAGAAAUGUAGCAUUUCAUUACUUUCUCACCAGUGGAUCCUCUGCAGUGAAUGGGUGCCGUCAGAACGAGAGUCCAAACAGCUGAUAAAACAUCACAAUAAUCCAAAUAAAUUGUAUCCAUCAAGACAUUUUUAACUUCAAAUUUGUUUCCGUCUUAAAUACCAGUUCAUAACCCAUAGGUACACUUCACAGUGAACAAGUUGUCUCGUCUUUCAAGAGAGAUGGACUUUUUCACUGAAAAAGUGUGGAUUAUGGAUGAGUAUUUCAAUGAAGCAACAGUCUGAAUUAAAAAAAAUGUUUUAAUCAUUGAUUUUGUUUCUUAUACGCAUCUUUUUGCUUCUGAAGAUGUUAACUGAUAGACUGGAGAUGUACUGGAUUACUUGUGGAUUAUCGGGAUGUUUUUAUCAGCUGUUUAGACUUUAAUUCUGACGGCACCCAUUCACUGCAGAGGAACUAUGGGUGAACAAGUGAUGCAAUGCUAUAUUUCUCCAAAUCUGUUGAAGAAACAAACUCAUCUACAUCUCGGAUGGCCUGAAGGUGAGUAAAUGAUCCAAACAUUUUCGUUUUUUGGGGUGAGCUUACUUUAAAAAAAGUGUAGUGGACCACAAGAUUUGCCUUCAACAUUCUGAGCAAUAGCUAUGUGUAGAAGAACAAUGUUUUUGCAAGGCCUCAUGUUUCAGUGCAUGCCAGUGUUGUCAUUACACUACAUGUGAUGUUGCACAUGUGUACCUUAUGGAAGAGUCGAGGAAGAUGAUCCUGAAGUCUGUGAAACAUAGGAUACGAUUUACAUUUACUCUCUUUUUUGCUUUGCAUUCUCAUCAGCUGUAGUAGAUAUACAUGAUUAGAAAACCUAAUCGAUUUCACAAAUUUCCGGCCUUUUGUUGUGAUGAUUUUAUGGGUUUGAAGCAGGCCAAAAAUAUUUAUCUGAAACCCGUUUAGAUUGCAUUGAGAUUUUCUUUCUUUUUCUUUUAAUCACUGUGUGAAAAUGCUUUUAUUUAUUCAUAUGGUAUAAGUUAAUAGGCUUGGUUUUUAAAUUAGGAUGACUUGGAGGCUCGGUAAGGGACCAUUCCUGUCAUAUGUGGACAGAUCUUUCAUGACAAAUCUAGCAUUCUGUUUAAAUACUAAACUGUUUUUAUUAUUAUUAUUAUAAAAAUGUAUAUUAUUUGUUAUAAAAAUAAAUGUUGCUACAGUGCAUAAAGGAUAUCAGCAACAGGUUUGUAAGUAAUGUGUGCGAAAAACCUGCUUAAGUUUCAAGAAUGUAGCAGAACUCCAAACCUCCAUCAAGUUAUCACUGAUUAUUAUUUUUCAUGGUGUACUUUGAUUAUCUGCAAACCAUAUGUAAAAAUUGUUUUUGAAGAUUUCUGCACCAGUUAAUUAAAAAUGUUUUCUCUAAA